AUGGUGCCUCCUAAGACUUUCGAGGUGUCUCGCUCGCGGUCUAGGAAAUGGGACUUGGAGGUGAAGAGCAUCAGCCGCGACGGCCAGGACUGCGUUGGUGCCUGCCAUUGGGUGUUCAAGUCAACGUCUCGAUCGAUCCCAACGGACCUCGAAAGUCGCAGUAUGCCGCUGGAUCCCGUGGAGCUCUGGAACAAGACCAAGAGUGCGGAUGCGGACUCCCGCCCGGGCUGGUCAGUUCCCUCUGCACGGCCUUGUGCCCUGGAGCAGUGGAGGGCCAAAGCUCCGGCAAAGCUGGAGUCCAAGCAGCUACUGGCGGGGCCAAACUUCUGGCAAUCACAUGGCAACGGCAAGGGCCGCUACGGCUGCUCUGCAGGGCAUCUAGCCCUGGCCGGCUGUACCGCUCCCCUCCCCAGACCCAGACGUCGACAAACCUCGCGCCCUUCCACAGAACAGGCUUCGAGGUUGGAUCGAAGAGGCAGAUGGCGAGAUGGCGCAUCCUAUACCAGCAGCUUAAGAGCCUCGAGCAUGUUUAUUGGGACUUUGGAGGAGGAGCAGAUCCGUGGACGGCACAGUGGGCCAAAGUUCAGCCCAACGCCCACCAAGAAGCUGCGUGACCUCACAACUGUUGUUCUGACACCCCGGUAG